AUGAAUAUUGAUAUGGAAACUGAAGAUGAGAUCGCUCGGUAUUCGGGCGAGGAUGAGAACCACAUCAACCGCAAGCUCCCGAAGGAGCUGCUGCUGCGCAUCCUCUCCUACCUAGACGUGGUCUCCUUGUGUCGGUGUGCACAGGUAUCGAAACUAUGGAAUAUAUUAGCGCUGGAUGGCUCCAACUGGCAGAGGAUAGACCUGUUUGAGUUUCAACGAGAUGUUGAGGGUCCAGUAAUCGAGAACAUAUCACAAAGAUGCGGCGGUUUCCUCCGGGAACUGUCCCUGAGAGGUUGCGAGAGCAUAGGGGACUCCUCCAUCAAGUCACUGGCACAUUCGUGUCCAAACAUCGAAUAUCUGAACUUGAACAAGUGCCGUAAGAUUACGGACGCCACCUGCCAGGCGCUCGGCAAGAAGUGUAAGAAGCUGCAGCGAAUAAACCUGGACUCGUGUUCCAACAUCACAGAUGUGUCACUGAAGGCUUUGUCAGACGGAUGCCCGCUCCUAACAAAUGUGAAUGUGUCAUGGUGUCAGUUGAUCACUGAGAACGGAGUGGAGGCCCUCGCGCGCUCCUGCCCCCGACUGAAGACCUUUAUAUGCAGAGGUUGUAAGAACGUAAAUGACAAAUGCGUAUCAACUCUGGCCACGUUCUGUCCCGAGCUACAGGCGCUCAACGUACAGGGGUGUGAUCAACUGACAGACGAGUCAAUAAGCAAGCUGGGCGCGGGCAUGCGGCGCCUGUGCGUGUCGGGCUGCGGCCGCCUGACGGACGCGGCGCUGGCCGCGCUGGCGGCGCGCUGCCCCGACCUCGUCACCCUCGAGCUGGCGCAGUGCACGCAGCUCACUGACGCGGGCUUCCAGGCCUUGGCCAGGAAAAACCGCCUGACGGACGCGGCGCUGGCCGCGCUGGCGGCGCGCUGCCCCGACCUCGUCACCCUCGAGCUGGCGCAGUGCACGCAGCUCAUGACGCGGGCUUCCAGGCCUUGGCCAGGAAAAAACCGCCUGACGGACGCGGCGCUGGCCGCGCUGGCGGCGCGCUGCCCCGACCUCGUCACCCUCGAGCUGGCGCAGUGCACGCAGCUCACUGACGCGGGCUUCCAGGCCUUGGCCAGGAAAAACCGCCUGACGGACGCGGCGCUGGCCGCGCUGGCGGCGCGCUGCCCCGACCUCGUCACCCUCGAGCUGGCGCAGUGCACGCAGCUCACUGACGCGGGCUUCCAGGCCUUGGCCAGGAAAAACCGCCUGACGGACGCGGCGCUGGCCGCGCUGGCGGCGCGCUGCCCGACCUCGUCACCCUCGAGCUGGCGCAGUGCACGCAGCUCACUGACGCGGGCUUCCAGGCCUUGGCCAGGGCCUUGGCCAGGGUAUGUAUCUCAUAUAUGUAAAGAAAAACCGCCUGACGGACGCGGCGCUGGCCCGCUGGCGGCGCGCUGCCCCGACCUCGUCACCCUCGAGCUGGCGCAGUGCACGCAGCUCACUGACGCGGGCUUCCAGGCCUUGGCCAGGAAAAACCGCCUGACGGACGCGGCGCUGGCCGCGCUGGCGGCGCGCUGCCCCGACCUCGUCACCCUCGAGCUGGCGCAGUGCACGCAGCUCACUGACGCGGGCUUCCAGGCCUUGGCCAGGAAAAACCGCCUGACGGACGCGGCGCUGGCCGCGCUGGCGGCGCGCUGCCCCGACCUCGUCACCCUCGAGCUGGCGCAGUGCACGCAGCUCACUGACGCGGGCUUCCAGGCCUUGGCCAGGAAAAACCGCCUGACGGACGCGGCGCUGGCCCGCGCUGGCGGCGCGCUGCCCCGACCUCGUCACCCUCGAGCUGGCGCAGUGCACGCAGCUCACUGA